AUGCAUUUUCUUGUCGAUACUGGUGCCAAUGUGUCGGUUAUACCAGUGACUAAAACUAACCGAAAAUAUCGUAAUCAGGUCCAAAUUAACUAUAAAUUAUUUGCUGCAAAUGGCACGGAAAUUAAUACAUACGGUGUCGUAACAUUAGAAUUAAAUUUAGGGCUACGACGCAGUUUUAAAUGGCCAUUCAUUAUUUGUGACGUAAGUAAACCAAUAAUAGGCGCAAUUUUUUAA